GCACCGUCCUGCUCCGCUCGCCGGAAGUGCUCAGUGUGAGGGGUGGAGAGAGGAUUGCCACGUUGAUGGGGACGUGGACUUUGUUGAGUCGCAGCCGUAAACCUGCAGCCGGGACCAGAAAUAAUAAACCCCGUAACAACCAGGAAAGGGAACCUGAAGGAUAAAGGGGGGAAAUAUACGAUUUAAAGUGGAUCAAGAGCAGGCUGACUUCUGAUAUUUACUUUUUUUUUAUUUUAAGCAAUCAACGUACUGUGCACGGAAGAAUGAAGCUAAAGGAAAUAGACCGGACUGCAAUACAGGCCUGGAGCCCUGGCCAGCACCACCCCAUCUAUCUGGCUGCAGGUACUUCAGCACAACAGCUUGAUGCCACUUUCAGUACGACAGCUUCGCUGGAGAUCUUUGAGCUUGACCUGGCAGACACCACCUUGGACAUGAAGUCCUGUGGCGCUUUCUCCUCUUCACACAGGUACCACAAGCUGGUGUGGGGACCACACGGCAUGGACUCGCAGGGCCUGCCCUCAGGAGUUCUCAUUGCUGGUGGGGAAAAUGGCAAUGUCAUUCUGUAUGACCCUGCCAAGAUUAUUGCAGGAGACGAGGAUGUUGUGAUUGCCCAAAAUGACAAGCACACUGGCCCUGUGAGAGCUCUAGACAUCAACCCUUUUCAGACAAACCUCGUAGUUUCGGGAGGUAACGAAUCUGAAAUCUACAUCUGGGACCUGAACAGUUUUGGAUCUCCGAUGACACCUGGACCAAAAUCUCAGCCCCUGGAGGAUGUCGGCAGCGUGGCGUGGAACAGGCAGGUGCAGCACAUCCUGGCCUCGGCCAGCCCCAGCGGCCGCACCUCCGUCUGGGACCUGCGGAAGAACGAGCCCAUCAUCAAAGUCAGCGACCACAGCAACAGGAUGCACUGUUCCGGGCUGGCCUGGAACCCGGAGGUGGCCACUCAGCUGGUCCUGGCCUCUGAGGACGACCGCAUGCCUGUCAUUCAAAUGUGGGACCUAAGGUUUGCCACAUCUCCCCUGAAAGUCCUGGAGAACCAUACAAGAGGGGUGCUGGCUAUUGCCUGGAGUCUUGCAGAUCCGGAGCUGCUCCUAAGCUGUGGGAAGGACAACAGGAUUCUGUGCUGGAACCCCAACACAGCAGAGGUGCUGUACGAGCUGCCCACCAGCACGCAGUGGUGCUUCGAUAUCCAGUGGUGCCCCAGGAACCCCGCCGUCCUCUCGGCCGCGGCCUUCGACGGCCACGUCAGCGUCUAUUCGAUCAUGGGGGGCAACGUGGAGAGCCAGAGCCGGAAACAAGCGGAUCAGCUCAGCUCUUCAUUUGGGAAUCUGGACCCGUUUGGAACAGGCCAGGCUCUGCCCCCCCUCCAGCUGCCCCAGCACACACCCCAGCAGAGCACCGUCAUGCCACUGAAGAAACCACCAAAGUGGAUCCGCAGGCCCGUGGGGGCCUCUUUUGCGUUUGGAGGCAAGCUUGUGAUGUUUGAAAACAUCAAGGCCGCAGCGCAGCAGCAGCAGCAGCAGCCGCCGGUACCUCACUGCGUCUAUGUCAGCCAGGUCGUUACGGAAACCAUGUUCCUGAAGCGCUCUAAUGAGCUGCAGUCGGCCAUGACCGCAGGCAGCUUUGUUGAUUUCUGUCAGUCCAAAGUGGAGUCCUCCCAGAAUGAAUUUGAGAGGAAUGUGUGGUCUUUCUUAAAGGCUAACUUUGAGAGCAAUCCCCGUGGCAAAUAUUUGGACCUUUUGGGAUACAAGAAAGAGGAUUUGGCUCAGAAGAUUACUGGAGUGCUUCAGAAGGAAGAGACCAGUUCUUCGGAGCCUGAGCCGACAGACUCCAUUUCUGGCGACUCUCCUGCAGCUGAGCAGCUCCCCUUGGAAGAGAGAAAGGAAGAAGAUGGAGAAAGUGACGUCCUUAAAGAGAGACCCACUGCUGCUAAAGAGAUAUUUAACCUCUCAGUCAGCGAAGACCUGGAUGGGCUCAUUACCCAGGCCCUGCUCACCGGAGACUUCGAGGGGGCUGUCGACCUCUGUCUCCAUGACAAUCGCAUGGCCGACGCCAUUAUCCUGGCCAUCGCCGGAGGGCAGGAGCUUCUGGCAAAGACGCAGAAGAAGUACUUUGACAAAACCCAGAGCAAGAUAACCAGGCUGAUCACCGCAGUGGUGAUGAAGGACUGGAAGGAGAUUGUUGAGGCAUGUGAUCUUCAGAACUGGAGAGAGGCGCUGGCAGCUGUGCUGACGUAUGCCGGCCCUGAAGAGUUUGCCUCCCUGUGUGAUCUUCUUGGGACUCGACUGGAAGGCGAUGGGGACCUGGAGCUCCAGGCACAAGCCUGCCUCUGCUACAUCUGCGCUGGUAACGUUGAAAAACUGGUUGCCUGCUGGACCAAAGCACAAGAUGGAAACAGCCCUCUCUCCUUGCAGGACUUGGUGGAGAAGGUAGUGGUGCUACAGCGGGCGGUGGAGGCGACGCGCAGUGCGAGCUCGACGCCGGUGGGCGCUCUGCUGGCUGAGAAGAUGAGCCAGUACGCUAGUCUGCUGGCCGCCCAGGGCAGCCUGGCCACCGCAAUUGCUUACCUGCCCAGCAGCACUGACCAGGCAGCUGUCGUGCAGCUGCGUGACAGGUUGUACAGGGCACAGGGGGCGCACACUGGAGCGCCGGCAGCCCUGGGCUUCCCUUCCACGGGUAUUUCUUGCUUCAUUCUUACCAGGUUGCUUUCUUGGUCUCUUCAUUGUUGUCCCAUCAUUGGUAUUUGUCUUUGUUUAAUUCAGGUUAGAACUCCAUCUACUGUCACUUCCUGGAGUAACCAAACUCCCACUGCUCUUCCAAGUAUCCCACCGGUAGCUUCUGCCUCAGGCACUCAGGCUGAGCCACCGCCUCCUGGCUUCGUGAUGCAGAGCAUGGCCAACCCCAGUAUCCCUUCUUCAGCUGCUCCUGGGUACAUGUACCCACAGACCAACACGCAACAGGGAUACCCUCAGACUUACCCCCAAGCCCAGGAGUACUCUCCCGGAGUGGGGGGACCAACAAUCUAUCAGCCUCACCAACAUACUCCUCCUCCUCCUCCCUCCUCUUCAUCCUCUGCUCCCUAUCCAACUCGCUACAUGCACCCAGCUCCCUCUCACCCCCUGCCACCUGCCUGUGCAGGGACCCCGUUUCCUGGGCAGUCGCAAGGCUCCUCGGGGGGCCCCCUCCCUCCUGCCUCGACCUUCUCCCCCCCCCCUCCUCCCCUGUCUUCCGGAGCCUCCUUCCAGCAUGGAGGGCCAGGGGCUCCGGCCUCCUCCUACGCACCGCCUCCACCGGCAGGAACCACAGGUACUCUCCCUGCCCCAGCGAGCCGCCCGCCUCACAGAAACGGGUCUUCACUCGGUGUGCUCGUUUUCUUGUCGCCCCCUCUUUUCCUGAAGCCUUCAGGAAUAGAAAUUUAUAGGUGUUGCUGUUUUGCUUCAAAAAGUAACGGAGUAAACAAGCUUACCUUUUAUUUCAGUACGAAACUCCCGUUGCAGCAAACCAAGAGAAAGCUAGAUGACGCGAACAAACGGCUUGAGUCCCUUUAUGACAAACUUCGGGACCAGACGCUGUCCCCAGCUAUUAUUGGCGGUUUACACAACAUCGCCCGGAGUAUCGAAUCUCGCUGUUACAUGGAUGGACUGAACAUCCACACUCACAUCGUCAGUAACAGCAACUUCAGCGAGACCUCGGCUUUCAUGCCUGUGCUGAAAGUAAUUUUGACACAGGCUAACAAGUUAGGGGUCUAGCUAGCACAGUCCUCUCGAUGAUAAUGAACAUAAGCCAUCAGUAUCAUUACUACUGUAACAUGCAAGAAGAAAUAGGACCAAAUAGCAUGGUAUUUUACAUCUUAUCCCUACUGGGUUGAUGCUAAGACUUAGGGAUUCCCAUUAAAAGACUUCUGAGCAUUGUUUUAAUAUGUAAUCAUGAAAUUAAGAGCAGAGUGCAAUUGGUGCUUUUCGAUUUUUUUUUUUUUACCUUUUUCGACAAUGAUUUUAAAUCUGAACAGUAUUGUUAAAAAAUGCAUGCUUUUCGAGCUCGAUUGUAAAUGAGAUGCUGAAGACGUUACCGAAGUCUGUAUGACCUGGUCAGCUGAGUGACGGGUUUUAAAGGAGCACAGAGCUGUUGGACUAUGUUGUGCCACCUUUGUUGGUUGAUUCAGUUCAUCCUGUGUUCUUCAGGCAGAGGUAGUUGUUUGGAAAUGCUGCCUAUCUCAUUUUUUAAUUGUUAAACUUAAGUUGUAAGUGCCCUAGUUUUGCAUUUGUAUUUCAUUACAAGUGAGGCAAAUGAAACCUUAAAACCAACACCAUGCAAUAUUUUAAAUAAAUAGUAUUUAUUUAAAUGUGGGAUUUUUUUUUUUAUUGAUGCCAAAAACCCUACGAAACAGUGCUUAUCAGUCUGUUUUGGGAGCUGGGAUUUGGUAAUAUUCCAUAUUGCUUUGAAAUACCAAAGUUCAUUAAGUCCUUCUUCGAAAUUAUGACAAAGUGUCGUACAAAACACGAUGUGAUCCACUGGGUUCCUCAUAUUCCCUAUCCAGUACUUAUCAGGGUCCUUAAAGACCUUUGCCUUUCCUCCACUAUAGCUCAACCCACCCUUCUGUUACAAAUUGAAAAUGUAAUAAAUUAAAUAAAACCAGAAAAAGGUUUACA